CGGCGAUGCUGACUGAUCCUCCGCUUGUUCCCAGCUCUGCCCGGCUCACAUCAGCCUCCCGCCGCCCAGACAGAAGGAGCCCGUGGCUCCGCUCAGCCACUUUUGUCAGCCCUGUGCUCUGUCUUUCCUCUCCAGUGUUUCUCCACUGACACUUGCUGGGUCUUUACUGGGACCGUCACACAUUGGAAUCAGUGGGUCCGCUGCCCAGCCGAGAGGGAGGGAGAGAGAGGAGAGACCUCGGGCGCUUCUGCUCCUCAAUGUGAAAGGGAUUUGUUGGCAGAUUAAUUGAGCAACCUGUUGCCGGCUGGAGAGAGGAGCGGGGCAGGAGGUGCCGACUCCUGGGCGGUGAGGGAGGCGGGCUGCACUAGGAACAUCUGAAGUUGGGAACGAGUGAACAACGCGCACAACUCGGCGAGGCCGGGCUGGUGGAGCCGAGAGGGAGAGAGACCUUGAAUGAGUCAAUGAAUGAAUGAAUGAAUGAAGGAAAUCGCCCUGGAUACAUCGAGGGCGACCGGGGGCGCUGCAGUCUUGUCCUUGUCCCGCCGGGAUCUCUAGCAGCGACCGACAGACAGACAGACAGCCAGCGCCUGGUGUCAGCUUCUGCCGGAGUUUAAGUGGCCGCGGGUUCGGAGCCUGGAAACGCUGCUUCCUUUCUCUCUCUCUCUCUAUCCCCCCCCUUCCCUUCCCCUCCCCUCCCCUCCCUGCCCCGGGAUCGAAUCCGGAGAAGGGCUGUUUGGAACAAACAUUGUGCUUGCUGUUAUUUUUUUAUUCUGCUGUUGGUCGCAGUCGCACCCGCACCGGAGGAUUUGGGACGGGCGGGUUUGCGAGGAAUCCGCGAUGCCGAGAGUGUCCGGGACGCUGCACUUUCUCGUGUUCUUCCUCCUCAUCGGCUCUGCUGCGGGUUCUAGACUGCGUCUGGAAGAUGCAGCACCCCGGGUCAUCGAGCAUCCCUCAGACCUGAUUGUAUCUAAAGGGGAGCCGGCCACGUUGAACUGUAAAGCAGAAGGUCGCCCCACGCCCAUCAUUGAGUGGUACAAGGACGGGGAGCGGGUGGAGACCGACAAGGAUGACCCGCGCUCCCACCGCAUGCUGCUCCCCAGCGGAUCGCUCUUCUUCCUGCGGAUCGUGCACGGCCGGAGGAGCAAGCCGGAUGAGGGCGUCUACGUGUGUCUGGCCAGGAACUACCUCGGAGAGGCGGUCAGCAGGAACGCAUCCCUUGAAGUAGCCAUCCUGCGUGACGAGUUCCGCCAGGCGCCCAGUGAUGUGGUGGUGGCGGCGGGGGAGCCCGCGGUGAUGGAGUGCCUGCCACCGAGAGGGCACCCGGAACCAACCAUCUCCUGGAAGAAAAGCAACGUCCACAUUAGUGACAAGGAGGAGCGGAUCACGAUCCGAGGGGGAAAGCUGAUGAUCUCAAACACGAGGAAGUCUGACGCUGGCAUCUACAUCUGUGUAGCCACCAACAUGGUGGGAGAAAGGGACAGUGAGCCGGCAGAAUUGGUCGUGUUUGAGCGGCCCACCUUCAUCAAACGUCCUGUAAACCAGGUGGUGCUGGCAGAUGACACCGUGGAUUUCCAUUGCGAGGUCCAUGGAGAUCCCAUGCCGACCACCCGUUGGCGCAAGGAGGAGGGAGAGCUGCCGCGAGAAAGAUUUGAGAUUCAGUCUGACAACAGCUUGCGGCUGGCACGAGUCGGCAGCGAUGACGAAGGAACGUACACCUGUAUUGCAGAGAACAGUGUGGGUAAAGUUGAAUUCUCGGGAACCCUGACUGUACACGUUGGUCCAUUCAUGCCUCCCCAGAUCAUCGUGAGGCCCCGCGACCAGAUCGUGGCCCAGGGCCGCUCGGUCACCUUCCUCUGUGAGACGAAGGGGAAUCCUCCACCCGCUGUCUUUUGGCAAAAAGAGGGAAGCCAGAUCCUGCUUUUUCCCAGCCAGCCACAUCCUUUGGGGCGUUUCUCUGUCUCGUCGAAAGGUGAACUGACAAUUACUGAUGUCCAGUCAGGCGAUUCAGGGUAUUACAUGUGUCAGGCGAUCAGCGUGGCUGGCAGCAUUCUGUCCAAAGCACUGCUGGAGGUGGAAGAUGUCUCUUCAGAUCGAAUACCGCCCAUCAUCCGCCAGGGACCCGGCAACCAGACGCUCGGCGUGGAUUCCACGGCACAGCUCCAGUGCCAUGUGAUCGGCAACCCUCUACCCAGUGUGCACUGGCUGAAGGACGGGCAGAGGAUCCUGGGGAACGACCCUCGGCUCAGCAUGCUGGACAACGGGACGCUUCAGAUCACCAACGUACAGGUCAGCGAUACAGGAAUGUACAUCUGUGUUGCCACAGGAUCGAGUGGAGAGACCACCUGGAGUGGCUACCUGGAGGUACAAGAAAGCGGGAGUCCUACUCGCAUCCUCUCGGCUGAACCCGACCUUCUUCCAGGCCCUCCCUCCAAGCCAGUGAUCACCGACGUUACCCGAAAUAGUGUCACCUUGACAUGGCAGCCAAGCCAACACAUCGGAGGCUCGGCAGUCACAUCGUACAUCAUCGAGGCGUUUAGUCAAUCUGCAGGGAGCACAUGGCAAACAGUGGGCGAGUACGUAAAAGUUGAAAAGCAUACAGUGACUGGUCUGAACUUCAACACCAUCUACCUGUUUAUUGUGCGUGCAGUCAACACCUUCGGCCUGGGAGAUCCCAGCCCCAUCUCUAAACCCGUCCGCACUCAAGAUGUGAGUCCGACUGGACAGGGAGUGGACCAUCGGCAAGUACAACGUGAGCUCGGGGAGAUGGCAGUCCAGCUACAGCCUCCUGUCACCUUGACAUCGACUACCAUCCAGGUCACCUGGACAGUUGAUCGCCAAGCCCAGUUCAUUCAGGGUUACCGGGUGAUGUACCGAACCAAAACUAGUGCCUGGCUGGUUCUAGAUGUGAAAUCCCCAGCUGAGCGCACCACCAUUCUCGUAGACUUGAAGAAAGGAACCGAGUACGAGAUCAAAAUCCGCCCGUAUUUUGAUGAGUUCCAGGGAAUGGACAGCGACCCCGUCACUGUGCGGACACCAGAGGAAGCCCCCGCUGCCCCACCGCAAGCUGUUACCGUGGCAACUAUUGGCUUGAGUAACAGCACCAGUAUCAGCGUGUCCUGGGAGCCACCCCCUGCUGAGGAGCAGAAUGGAAUCAUCCAGGAGUACAGGAUUUGGUGCUUGGGAAAUGAUACCCGCUUCCAUGUGAACAAGUCAAUUGAUGGAACCGUCCUUUCAACGGUGGUCCGCGGACUGAUCGCCGGCGUGCUGUACCGCGUGGAAGUGGCAGCGGCUACAAGCGCUGGAGUUGGAGUUCGGAGCCAACCAGCGACUGUCCUCAUAAGUCUCCCUUCGGACCAGGAGUCAGUUCCUGUGGAGGACACAGAAAAUGUCAGCCUGGCGGAGCAGAUAACGGACGUGGUGAAGAAGCCGGCAUUUAUUGCUGGCAUCGGAGGGGCAUGCUGGGUCAUCCUGAUGGGCUUCAGCGUGUGGCUCUACUGCCGACGAAAGAAGAGGAAGGAGCUCAGUCACUACACUGCUUCCUUUGCGUACACGCCAGCAGUAGCAUUUCCACCCGCUGAGGGUGCAGGCAUCACCAAUAGCAGGCCAGGAAUCCUGAACGCAAAUGUCACCAACUACCCCUGGCUGGCGGACUCGUGGCCAGCUUCCAACCUGAUGCACAACAGCAAUGGAAAGGAAACUUCUGCCAGCUCCUGUAUAGCAAAACACGAAGCCACUGAACGGUUCUACAAUGAUGCCGGUAUUUCCAACUACAUUGCUCAGACGGAAAAGUUUGGCACAAUUACGUCUGACGGGCCCAUCUACAGCACCAUCGACACCGCCAGUGACGAGUUGCGCACGUUCAAUGGGGCUUUCCCGAAUCAGCAGACCACGCUCUACGCAAGCACUCCCGUGGUGCCCCUCGGAGUCCAGAACCAGUACACAGCAGACCCUGUCAAUGGACACUGGGGUGCCCAGCCUGGACCUUCCAACACCCAGUAUUCCCAGCCCGAGCGCGGCCGACAAGAAGCCGGUGGGAAAACCGGCAAGCAGAAACUGAAUGCCAAGUCAGUGAAGGCCACACCUCUGAACUGGACAGACUUGCUGCCACCGCCACCACCCAGCGUGGAUAUAGACUCCUACGAUGAUGACGAGGAGCUGGAGUACGGCCCUGGUGUUGAUGACUGGUGUCCCCCACUCCCUGAGAGAACCUACUUGGUGGAGGGGGCGAGUGAGGAGGAAGGUCCCCCUCCGCCCCCUCGAGGAGAGGCAUCAUCGCCGGCCACCUCCUACGGGCAACAGUCCACAGCGACACUAACACCAUCGCCUCGAGAGGAAGCGCGUUCAUCAGGGCACGGCGUGACUGAGGAUAUCCCAAGGCUUCAUCAGUUUGAGAUUCCACAUUUACAUCGGAGACUCCCAGUGGGCCCAGUCCCUCUGCCCAGACCGCCAACCCCUCCGCCAUCGCAGAGCCACUCAAGCGGGAAUGGGAACGAGGCUGCCACAGAGACAGCGGGCCCCCAUCGGCAUGGGCACACACGCAACCCGAGCCAGACUAUGAUCAACAGCAGUGAGAACGUCAACGUACCUGGAGCAGGGAAGACAAGACACACGCCUGUGAUAGGGGGCAGCAACAUAAACACCCCACCCAGCCAGAAAGCUCGUGCAAAAAAGAAAGCUAAGCAGAAUCCGUAUCGCCGGGAUAUCUCUCAAGGAGAUCUGCCACCACCACCUGAACCUCCCCCAGCUGAUGGAGUUGUGGAGACUCCUUACUUACAGCCCAAUGGAAUGGAGACCAGUGGGACCUCGCUUGACCAUGAUGGAAGUGCUUCGUCCACAGAGAGGAGGCCAUCAGCUGAUCAACGAACAGAGAGCGCACAUCCCCACAGCAGGGCAGCAUCUUCUCGACACAAAAAUGAAGAUGAUUUAAUACCGUACAGCAAACCAACCUUUCUGCAACGGGGUCAAGUGUCAAGCAAUUGCUCCACAACAGGAAGCUCAUCGUCCAGAGGCUCAACUGGGUCACGGGGUCAUGUCGCAGGUCGAAGCAAAGGAGCAGGAGUAGACCGCAGUGAGGUGAAAAGAUGAACAGAAGACAGACACGUGCGAAAGAACCAAGCUGUGGGUGAGGACCUUGGCAGAAGCGUGUCCCCAUCCCCACUCUCAUCUUCCCAACCCUGUACAGAAUAAUUUGCCUUGUAGGAAAAUUCAAAGUUUGAAAUUUGAGAAAAAAAAACUUUUUAUGUUUUAAUUUAUGACAUCAGGAAAAUCCGUGUUAACUUUGUAAAUAAUCGGGAUUUUUUGUUUUUGUUUGUUAUUAAACAUUUCCUGGCCUUCUGGUGAACGUAUUUAUAAAAAAAAAGGAUAAUGUUGGAUAUUAUAAGGUAUUUGUCUGAAUGUGCCAAUCUUUUUCAAUAGCAAGUAUGCGUCUAACAGACUAAACUUAAAGUAAGUUAUAUAUUUGCACUCUGUAACAUACAUACAUACACAACGUAUUCUGGAUGCUUCAUAGGAUUCCAUUGGGCACAACAGGGCAGUCAUAUUGGGGAUUAUUGCUCGACUACGAAUUGGAUUAAUUAACCAUUGGCUGCGCAACCUAUGAAUGUUCCCAACUGUGUGCUGAGAUGAUGCUUUUUAGCGGACCGCAAUACUGAAGUGAAUGUGCGUUGGGAAGAGCCGUUAGCUUAUGCUUGCUGGGGAAAGUCCGUGCUGUUUGAAGAGGGGUCUGUUAGAGGCGGGAGGGUGGUGGCUGCUGAUAUAAAGUUUUAAUAAGAUGAAUGUAGCCUGAUAUUUUGUUGUAUUAAAAGCAUUUCGUACAAAUGUUCUGUAGAUAAAAUAUGAGUGGUUAUUUAUCUAGAGAUAUAUAGAAUGAUAAUGUUCUGGUGCUCAAAAGAGGAAGUUGACCAUUGAGUGAUUAAUUAAAAUAGGGCACGCGUUUCGCUUGGAGAGUUCUCCUUUCUAAAUUAGAUUUCCUUAUGUUUUUGAGUGGAACCCCGCAAUGCUAAAUCACAGAGGCAGGUUUGGCAAUUUGAUACUCCUACUAUGAGGGAGCUUUGCUCUGGGACCAUUAAUUCGUACGUCAAGGUUAAGGCCACCAUUUGUGUGGCCAUCUUGAUCGGUGGUGCAUUGUUAAACAAAUACCUGACUGGACUAUGGACUGGGUGCAGAAGCUGUCAGGCCUGGUAUUCCAAUCGGUUCUUUUGUUGCUUGGGUUUCUAUGCUGAGUGUAAAAUGUUUUGUAAGAUGAGUUGGUUUUGAGUAUUAAUGCAUCACAUCCAUCUGGCAUCCCAACCAAGUUCUUUCGCAUCUCUCCAUUUGUAUCUGGCCUCUUGUCAGGUCUGGUUCCGCUGUUUGCUGAAAAUGGCCAGCAAGAUAUUGAUUAACGUAGCAGAUUUGAGGAGGAGGAGGGUCAUAACUCACGGUAAAUGCAGUCACGACCGAUCUAUCACUCAUGGUUCAACUGGGUCAUGACAUCUCCUGAACAGCUUAAAUGCAGCUUCCACAGUUGACCUCAACACUGUGAUGCUAAAUUGGGAUCAAUUCUGCCCCUCCACUUGCUGAUGAGUAUAAGACAAGAUUGCGUUUGGUUGGGUUGAGUUGGGCUUGGCUUGCCACCAUCAGCUCCGCUCCCUUCCAGUGGUGUUGGAACAGCAUCCUCAUGCCUGUGAAACACUGUCCAAAUAUCCUGCGCGGAUGUUCAAAGAAAUUCCAAGGUGGCCUCUUGAAUCUGGCGAGAUCUGCAAAAUAUUGCAAAGUCACUUGUACCUUGGGCCAUAACAAUUGCAAAGAUAUCCUUGGUCAUCCCACUCUUGGAGUGGGGUCUGCAAUGCUGCAGUCGAAUUUCUGGAUAGUACUCCAAAUGGGACUUCAGUAUUUCCACAUUAUACACCAUUCCAGAUAAUGCAAUGAAAAGCCUCCUGAUAUAGUGACAGGAAUAUAAAUAGAGUUCCUUCAGCACUGCCAAGAAUUCUCAGAUGGCCCAUCGUUGUAUUUCUUGGUUGUAUUUGUGAGUGAAAACAUUAGCAAUUCAAGUGUGCAUGUGAUCCUGUGAAGUGCAGGAUUAUUGCUAUGCCUGCAUGCACUUCCAAACUCCAAGGACAACUGUUGCUAUACAUAAUACAAAGAGGCCAAGUUAGAUUUCUGCAGGGACAAGGUUGCGCUGUUAACCCACCGUGGCGAUAUUCCAGUCAUGUUUCAGACAGAGGCAAUGGGAACACAAAGGUCUGAGCAAAUACACUGUGCCCGUGGCUUGAAUGAUGCAUGAACGCCCCUAAUGCUCAAGAGGGUGUGCGGCAGCUGCUUCACAGAGGUUAAACAAACACAUGGGUCCUGAAAAAUACAUCCUGUACAUUGUGCACCAUCAAUACAGAGGCCCAUAAAUCCAUUGAUAAGAUUGGACCACACUCCUUGAGUGGUUAAGCAAUUGGAGAAUUAGCAGCAAUUGGCCCUCUGAAAUAACUUAAAGUGUUCUUGUCUUUUCUGUUAUUCAUUCACGGUGUAAAGUCAAAUUGUACCAAAAAUACUGUUAUUGUUAGACCUGACCAAAAAUAUUCUGGUUUUCUCUAACCCGAAGACUAUAAUUUUUUUAAGGAAUUAAACAUUUUAAAGAAGCAAAA